CACACAGAAAUCACUUCAAUCUUGGAAUAUACAAAUAUUGACGGAUCGCACAUUCGCUUCCGAUAAUCCGUGAAUAAUUCGUUAAUUGCGCACCCAUCCAACUACAUCCUCAGGAACCCCUGCAAAAACCAGCUUCCUCUUCCCGAAUCAGAUACAGCCAUGUUCGCCAUUCGCGCCCCUCAAAAGCAGUCAAACGGCCCAGAGACCGAAAACUCGACAGAAUGCUGUACCCCGAAUAUCCUCCCCUGUCGCAUCCAUCACGACGGACCGGUGGACUCUCUCCAACGUUACUGGGCCCCGGCAGCCGACAAUGAAGAUGAAAACCUACAAAUAUCCCACUUCCGCGGCCGCAAGCUACGCGGUCGACGUGUCGCAAUCCCCGAUGGCUACCAAGGCGUGGUAGCAAUGCCAACAGAGCGUGUCCUUCCUUCGCAAACGAACAACGGCGGCAUGGCAGAUGACGCCGACAUGGAGCCAGAAGAGCCGGUCAAGGUUUUGGAGAAUCAGGGCACAUUUGAUGAAUUUGUGGUAUGGAAACAUGAUGAAGUGCCGGGUGUUGAUGAUGUUUAUGUGAAGGGGGUUGAGGAGUGGUUGAAAUUGGCUGAGGUGAUGCAUUCGAGCGAACAGUCGACAGAGGAAUCCCAGAAGAAAGCGUCCACUUAGCUGUGGCCCCAUGACUAUCGCAGAGCAUAUCUACCUCACAACUUUACGAAUUACGACCGCGCUAGAUGCUACAUUUGAUGGGAGAGACUUUCCUGAAGCGAGCUAUUCCGUUGCCAGACAUGGGAGCAGAGACAUCGUCCACAGCAGCGCUCGUCACACCCCUGAGAUUCUUCUAGUCUAGCCCGACUUGAAUGAACAUGGGCAUCGCGUCGGGGAGUGGAUAUUGGCUGUUUUGAGAGAAUGAGGACGGAGGAUUUCGCGCCAAUAUGCUCACUCUACUUCUUACAUAUACCAAAGAUCGUCCUCGUUAUGUCUCGCCAACGCGCAUACGGAGUACAGGUCCACUUUAUGCAAUUGGCCAUUGACGCUAGCAGGUGUAUGAUUUCGACUAUAGAUGGCAAAUAGCAUACAGC